UAAUUCUUUUAUGAUGUUUGUUUGUCAAAUUAUAAGCCUCUGGCUUCAGAUGGAUCAGCGUUGCAUUGGCAACCUUUUGGUGAGUGCGCGCCAUGAACACUUGGAAACAAACGUGCACCUUUAAGUAAAAUAUUUGUUUGUAAAAAGUAACAAAAUGUGUAGUGAGGUACCAAAUAACCCAUUAACAGAUGGUUAUCAUAUUUGGCACCUCUUCUAUUGUUGUGGGCACCUUAGCACCCCACUCCAAGCGCUUUCCUUUUGGCGUGGGGGGCGUCACCAGACGCACAGGGCUAAGAUAUAAGGCAGGCUCCAGCAGCCGAGAAGACACUUCAGCUUCCAACAACCUUGGUAGCAACACUUCUCCUGAUACUCUAAACUACUCACAUAAUGGCUCCUAGCAUGACUUCUGAAACUGCCCCGUCUCACUCCCCGAGACAAACUGUGGCCAUGAAAAAAGAAGCUCUUGAAUUGCGCAAGACGCUGAAGCCUUUGAUGGAAAAGAGAAGGCGCGCUCGCAUCAACGACAGCCUGAACCAACUGAAGGCCUUGAUUCUUCCUCUGACGGGAAAAGAUAACUGCCGUUAUUCCAAGCUCGAAAAGGCUGAUAUCUUGGAGAUGACCGUCAGAUUCCUCAGAGAUAUCCCUACCUCUUCUCCUAAAGAUCAAUCGGAGAGUUUCAAUGAUGGCUACAAAGCUUGCCUCCAGCGCGUCUCCACACUGAUGCCCAAAGUAAACCUGGACAAGGACGCCAGCCAGCGGGUGAACGAGUUCAUCAGGCAAGCGGUGCCUGUUUCUCCGUGCCAGAACUGCUGCGCCCAGAGCUCCAGGAUGCUCCCCCAGAUUCAGCAGAGGCUGGCCGUCAAGCCUUCCAGUGCAAACGGCGAUAGUCACGGUGCCAUCGCUCCCCAGCCAAGCCGACCACAGCUCGCACAGGCACCUGCCGGCUCCAACAUGUGGAGACCUUGGUAGAGACCCAGAGCAGGAGCUCCACCAAAAGACUUUUUUUUGUAAAAUAUGUAAAUAUAAUGUAUUUAAUGUACAAAGUUAUUGUUAGGAUAGACACGUUGUGUUGUCCUUUCGAAAGUUGCUGAUGAAAUGUAAUUCAUCGUUAUAAGCCCAUCGUUUGGGAUAAGUAUUGUAUACUCGUGUAACUAUGCCUCUACCAAUUUCGCGUUGUAAUCGGGCUGGUUCAAAACCAUAAUCGUGCGUUAUGCCUUUAAGGUCAUUUUUCUUUCUACAAACGAAUAUUUAGUCCUCUCUGGGGGUUAAAUGAUUACUGGCUGUAGAAAACGCCUGCGUAAAACCCCAGGGGUUGUUCAAUGUUGAAAAUUUGCACGAUGAACCUCAGUAUUCUGGGUUGGUGCAGAUUAACAUGUAAACACAUUGUGUUAUGAAAACUAAAUUCUCUUAUGGGAGCUAAUCGUGUUGUUUUGGCAUUCAUUGUUAUGCUGACGUGAAUUUUAAUAAAAUUUAUGGGCAACACACUCUCUGCGUCCGUGCGUAAAUUUGGUUGGAACCGUUGAUACCUAUAAACCAAGAAGACAACGCACGCCAUGUGGUGUUUGAUAUGAGUUUUAACAGGAUCUUGUGCUUUUGUGUGACCUAUUUCUUUCAGAGCAGUAAAGUCCACGGUAUUUUAAAUCCACCAAAACCGUUAACACCGUUAACUGACAUGCGUAGACGCUUGAGUUGGGCAUCUGUAUUAAAUGCGCAUAAACGCCGAGGCUGCCGAUGUUCAAGUCUCUGUCUCCCUCUGCAGGCCAAGUCUGGCAUUAUAGAGCUGUCAAUAUACAUUGGUCAGAAAAUUCUCUUGAACUUUUCAUUACACUAGGCCGACGCCAACAUGUUAUUUAUUUAAAGGGUGGGUAGUAGUAGUAGUGAGGAAUACAUAAUAUAAACCACAAAAUAGAUUAUGAACUACGCACUGUCUUGCACCAGAAACACUCUAAUCCGCCAUAUUCUGUGGGCCUAUUGUUUAUCGUGUACAGCAUUUCCUGAUCCUGAUUUUGAGACAUUCUACGCGACACAAAGGACUUUUAUGUGUCGGGCAAUAUUUGUUGAACUGAAUUAUCAGCAGAUCUUUUCUUACACAACUGAGUAGAGCGCACACCCCGUUUAACUAACAGCUCCAGAGACAUGUUGCCUUCUGGGACAGUAGGCGACAUGUAGAAUCCAGUUUUUAGAACUGUGAACUCGCGUGACAUAAUUUGAAAGUUGUUAUGGUUUUAUUCCCCUCAAAUGUAUGUUGGAUGCUGUCUCAUCAAAUGAAACCUACAGGAAACUGAUAAUAAACACAGGAAAUAGACUAUAACACAGGGCACACAUUGCAACAUUGUUACACAUUAACCGGGGCACUGCAGUCUGUGUGACGCGUUUUGUUUACGUUUGAGAGUGAAUCGAUUCAUUCUUAAAAAGCCCAUUCGCCUCAGCAA